AAGGUUAAAAGUUUUUGUUCGAUCUUCAGUCUCCAAAUCUCGACUUCUCUUCUCGCUCCAAGCUCUGAUGAGCUCUACGUCUACUUCCUCCCAGAUGGGUCAGCUUGUAGCUGAUAAGCAUGUACGUUACAUUCUGAUGGCAGAAAAGAAGAAAGAGAGUUUUGAGUCUGUGGUGAUGGAUCAUCUAAGAAUGAAUGGUGCAUACUGGGGACUGACUACUCUGGACUUACUCGAGAAGCUGGGCACUGUUUCCGAAGAUGAAGUGGUAUCAUGGGUCAUGACGUGCCAGCAUGAAUCUGGUGGUUUUGCCGGUAAUACUGGACAUGAUCCACAUAUUUUAUAUACACUCAGUGCUGUACAAAUCUUGGCCCUCUUUGACAAACUAAACAUUCUUGACGUUGGAAAAGUAUCAAGUUAUGUUGCUGGGUUGCAGAAUGAAGAUGGAUCCUUCUCCGGAGAUAUAUGGGGAGAAAUAGAUACGAGGUUUUCGUAUAUAGCUAUAUGCUGUCUCUCAAUAUUUAAAUGUCUUGACAAAAUAAACGUGGAGAAGGCCGUUGAUUACAUUGUAAGCUGCAAAAACCUGGAUGGUGGUUUUGGGUGCACACCUGGAGCGGAGUCCCAUGCAGGACAGAUUUUCUGUUGCGUGGGGGCUCUUGCUAUAACAGGGAAUCUCCAUCAUGUUGAUAAGGACUUACUUGGCUGGUGGCUAUGUGAAAGACAAGUCAAGUCUGGGGGUUUAAAUGGACGACCCGAGAAACUCCCUGAUGUUUGCUAUUCUUGGUGGGUCUUAUCGAGCCUAAUCAUGAUAGAUAGAGUUCACUGGAUCGACAAAGCGAAGCUUGUCAAGUUCAUCUUAGACUGUCAGGAUAUGGAUAACGGAGGCAUCUCAGACAGACCUGAUGAUGCUGUUGAUAUCUUCCACACCUACUUUGGAGUUGCGGGGCUUUCGCUCCUUGAGUAUCCUGGAAUCAAAGCAAUCGAUCCAGCCUACGCUUUGCCUGUUGAUGUCAUUAACCGGAUUAUCUUCACCAAAUGAUUGUUUUGGGUAUGAUCUUAGUGGUCUGAUGAUAUGGCAAUACGGCUCUCUUUGAUUUAAUCAUUGGUUCGUUUACUUGGGCGAUUUUAGAAGUUGUGUAUGCUCAGCGAGGAGAUGGCAAUAUUGGUGGAUUCAAGUGAUUACUAAUGGAAGUGUAAUGAUUACAUACAAUUCUUGGUCCAUUUUGCAAAACUCAACCAAUAGUCUCUUUGCUGUAUAAAAAUUGCAGGGAGAAUCUUGAGGUCUCUAAUGUAGUGCAAAUGAAGGGUGUUGCUACGUCAUUUACAUUACUGUUUUUAUCUCCACUUUCAUUGUGCAUUACUUCUUCAAAUUUGUGUGGCAUUGUGUUUAGGAGUUUUUAAUACAAUGAAUAA